AUGUUCUGGUGGCUGAUUAUCAAGCAGGUAAUCCGCAUCUUCCACAAGAACAAGAAGAACCAAAAUCAGAUCCGAAACCAAAACAACAGCGCCAUGUUCAACAUGUCGGGACCUUCCAAGAUCCGGGGCUCCGGCCUCGUGGUCCUCAACAUCCUUCGAUGCUUCAACAUCAUUGGUCUCCUUACCGUGGUGGCCGCAAGCUGGAUCAUGAUUGUCAUGACUGGCGUGAAGAACAACUUCUUCUUUUUCGACGCGGCAGCGCACUUCUUCACAAGCUCCGUUGCCGUCUUCCUCCUCAUCUCCGAGGUCAAUCUCUUCAAGAACUACUUUGCGAGAAACUGGCCCGUUCUCAGCAUGGAGCACAGCUUCACCUGGCUGGGUGUUGCCAUGAUCAUCAUGGGCUGCCAGGUGUUGGGCAAUCUGAACAAGCCCUCAGCCAGCAUUGACAACCUCGGCUUGCCCAUGUGGCGUCUCGUCCUCGCGGCCGGUAUCCUGUCAAUCACUUUCGGCUUCUUCAACCUCGUUUCUUCGCUGAUCUACCGCGACGGGAAGAACGGCAUCACAGCGCGAAUGGUCCGAAUUGAUGGUCAGCUCGCUGCGGCGCCUAUUAAGGACACUGCCUAUGAUUACGACUCCACGCGCAGCGCCUCUAUCCGCCAGGAGAAGCGAGGCACCCGGUUCGGCCUCAGAUUCCCGAUUCGACACUCCAAGAUCAAGAUCAGCAAGCCAAUCCCCCAGAACCAAGACUUGGAAUCCGCAUAUGAUCACCAAGAAGACCGCGGUGAUGACACCUGGGCGGAGGAUCGUGCAAGCCCGGUGGUCCCAGAUAUCCAGCGACCGCCGACAGCUCUUCAUCCCAUCCACAGACCCGAUCAUCGUUACAGCGAGGCCGCGAUGUCACGCUUCUGA